GUCAAUGAAUCAUAACAAACAGAAAUCUGCUAGCUGUGCGUUGGGUAGUCGGGUUCGGGCCAGAAUCAUUUCAUGACACCUCAGCUAAAUAAAUCUAGAUAAUUUGAGACUGAAGUAACUGAGAUGCCCGACAAAAAAACAGUUAUAGUCACUGGAUUUGGUCCAUUUGGAGAUCACAAGAUAAAUGCCAGUUGGGAAGCAGUUAAGGAACUAACAACUUUAAGUCUGCAGCCAGACAUCAAUUUAGUGGUUGAAGAGAUCCCAGUGGAAUACAAAAUAGUCAAAGAAAAAGUACCAGCUCUGUGGGAAUGCCAUGAACCAGAUCUUAUGGUCCAUGUUGGAGUGUCAGGCUUAGCUACUGAGCUUACUUUGGAGCAGCAAGCCCAUAAUGGCCCAUAUGACAAACCAGAUGUCAGGUUUAUGAUACCCAGAAACAUGUGUUGUAUGGAGAACGGACCUCAACAUAUUGAGAGUCGGAUUAAGAUGGCAUAUGUAUGCCACAACAUUAAUAUAUCACAAUGUCCAGUGAAGUCCGUCGUCUCACACAAUCCAGGAAGGUACCUAUGUGAUUUUAUAUACUAUACAUCCUUGCAUCAUAUACAUGCAAAAUCUGGCCAGGGCAAUGCUGCAUUUAUCCAUGUUCCACCGCUUGGUAGGCCUUACACUGCCAAGCAGCUCGCAGAGGGCCUCAAGUUAGCCAUCCUUAACAUGUUACAGCAGAGCGAUUCAGCAAGUGAAGAUAUCCCAGAAUGUAACUCAUGGCAAUCAAUUGCCACAUGAUCCAGGCUAAGGUAUCCUAUAAUAAUGUGAAUUAAUUGAGUUGUAUAUUUGCAUGAACCCAUACCAUCUUGCCUAUGAUUUAUGAAUAUUAAUGAGAUAUAAUUACCAUAAUGUUAGAGAUAAGUAUUUCGUAUAUUCUAUUCAUUUACUGUUGCUUUAUUAUUAAUCUAGAUUUAAUAGAAAAAAAAAAUUAAUAAUGGCAGGACAUCUUAUAAAAAAAAAAAAUAUGUAUUUAAUAAUAGAAUUAAUCUUAACAUGUAUUAUAAAUUAUAAUAGUUGCUUAGAAAUAUGGUCUUGAAUAUUGACCUAUAUUAGAAAAUUUGAAACUUAGGGAGGGCCAAUGAAAAAAUACCCAAAGGACCAAAUAAGAGGUUAUCCAUGUUUUUAAAGAGAAAACAAAUUAUACUGAUUACUGUGAACACCCUCCUUUUACAGAUACAAGAUAAUAGUUUCCCUAAUAAGAUUAACUUACACACUCAUAAUCCCUUUCCUCCCCUCCCCUUUACCGUAUAUAUGAAAAAUUAGAUGACCCCCUACCUCAUGUUUACUGAGUGGCACUGAACAUUUUGCCAAAAUGGGCCAAUUACUUAUAGUAACUAAAUUGUUGGACUCCAUCUUAAAUUAAUAAUUAUAUCAUAUUUUAGUUUUCAAUUAUUAUUAUCCAGAAAAGAUAUAAAUCUUCUAAAAUUCAGUUGUGUACUUACGAGAUUUCUAUAAAUUACAUCAUAAACUAUAAAUUACACACCUUUAUGAUAAAUGAGUAUUCAUAAAAUGUGGCAAAGACAAGCCAAACCAGUCACUCGUCGCAAAAUUUGAUUUUGAGUUAUUAAUACAGUGUUAGAGAGUAAAAUAAUAGCUAUAAAAUGGAAAAAAAAUCAUUCAAAUAGGACAUUUC